GGGAACCUUUCGGCAGUGAACGCAUUCAUCGCAGCAGGCGCACUCGUAGACUCUGCGAGUGUGGACGGAAUGACACCCUUGCAUGUUGCCGCGCAACACGGAUGGGUCAACAUCGUUCGCACUCUUGAUGGGGCUCGUGGAGCACAAACCGACACGCCACUGCGCCAUCUCAAGGACGAUUUAGGCUGGCGGCCAGUCGAAUGGGCCGUCCUUGGCAACCACAACAAAGCGGCCCAAAUCCUCCUCAGGAGGGUCAAUGAUCAGCCUGAAGAAUUAACUCUCGCCACGGAUGUAGCUGUUUACGAGCACAGCCUGCCCUUGAUUGACGUCCUUUUCGGCCGCGACAACGGGGCUGACAUGCGAGAGUUUGUGAUGCUCAGAAACAAAUACGUCCCGCGAGCCUGCAGAGACAGACAUUGGUCAGCGGUAGUUCGCCUGGUCAAUCAAGUCGGCAAAUCCUCUUGGGCACCUCAAAUCCGCAUACACGACGUGUGGAAUGCCAUAGCUAGAUAUGAUCUUCCACCUGGGUUAGCUCGGAUGAUGCUCACCGGAACGAAGACUGAUCUCUACGAGUGCGGGUCAUUUGGCGAGUGGGAAAUGGCCCUGGCAAGGGCUGCAAAGUUCCGGAGUCCAACGCGGUUGAAGAUCAUCCUCGACUCCGUCCUCCUCGAGGGUCGCUAUGACAAAGCGGAAUGGGACUUCGGACAAGAAAAAGCUCAACAAUUCCUCGUCAACAACGUGCGCCCUUCUCAGCAGCCAUCCGGUGGAGCUCUGGAAUGGUUCGUGGAUGGAAGAGAUCCACCACCACUUACGGAAGCUGUUCUAGCGUUAAGAACCAACAACAUAGAGGUCUUGCUGAAAUCCGGCGCCGCGCCAGACAGGCCAUCGUCCGAGUUCGGAACGGCCUUGCAAUCGUUGCAGACACUCGCCGGCAAACCGGUCAGAGAAACAAGAGUUCUGGCCGUCGUUAAGCUGCUCGUCGCACACGGCGCUGCGAUUCGGGAUAAGAACGGACUGCCGCCAAAAGGACUAGAGGUAUUUCCUCAGGUUUGGCAGUACCUCCUCAAUGCUCAGGAGGCGAGAGACGGGCCCUCGGUCGAGUCUACACCAGAGCAACAGGGGGAAGCUUUCCAAAGGGGGGCGACUUGACCAUGCGAAAAGUCAAGAGUCGACAUUUGAGAGAGACGAAAGUAUGACUAUGCAAUAAGGGCGCUGUCCAACGCUAUUUGUUGAAUUCUCUGAAAGCGUUACAGAUUCCAGCUGGUUAAUGGAGUCGUUAAUUUUGGUGGCAAAUCGCGUAACACUUCCCUUGCAUACCCUCAAAGCACAAGCAGUUGAACAACAGUUGGUGGCAUCCCUCGCCAAUCAGGGUUUAGAUCAUGUCGCUAUGUAAUGAAGCUGUCAAUGUUGAUUCCAGCAACUCGAUUUCGUUCCCAAGACUAGCGAGGCUGUAGGCAGAAACAAAGCGACCAGCGGUACAGCGACCUGUCCAACCUCUCGUCGGCACUAGUGCGG